UGGAGGUUGCGGCGGCGGCUGCAGUUGGCAGCGAGCGGUAGUUGUUCCCGGCGGCGGCGGCGGCGGCGGCUCCUCCUCCACGUCGCGGGUCCCCCCGCUCGCGCCAGCCCCCGCCUCUCCGCUUCUUCUCUCGCUCCUCCUUAUUGACAAAUACACAAAGGGCCGCGCCGGGCUGGAGACGCGUCUGGAGCCGGCAUGGGAGACAAGAAGAGCCCCACAAGGCCGAAGCGGCAGCCUAAACCCUCCUCAGACGAGGGCUAUUGGGACUGCAGCGUGUGCACCUUCCGGAACAGCGCCGAGGCCUUCAAGUGCAUGAUGUGCGAUGUGAGGAAGGGCACCUCCACCCGUAUGCUGCUUAACACUACACCCCCUCUGAUCCUCCAGUCUGUUGAAUGCCAUCUGGAAGCUAGAACACGGAAACCUCGACCUGUCUCUCAACUGGUUGCACAGCAGGUUACUCAGCAGUUUGUGCCCCCUACGCAAUCAAAGAAAGAGAAAAAAGACAAAGUAGAAAAAGAAAAAAGUGAAAAGGAAACUGCUAGCAAAAAGAACAGUCACAAAAAAACCAGGCCCAGAUUGAAAAAUGUGGACCGAAGUAGUGCCCAACACUUGGAAGUUACUGUUGGUGAUCUGACAGUCAUUAUUACAGACUUUAAAGAAAAAACUAAGUCACCACCUGCUUCCAGUGCAGCUUCUGCAGAUCAGCACAGUCAGAGUGGUUCUAGUUCUGACAAUACAGAGCGAGGAAUGUCCAGGUCAUCUUCACCUAGAGGAGAAGCCUCAUCAUUGAAUGGAGAAUCACAUUAAAGUUUAUUUCAUCCAGUUUCUUUAGUCUUUCCUCUCCAACUUGCAAAUAUACACAACUUCUGCCAACAGUUACCACAUUUUCAUGAGUUGUUGUUUGCCAUGCACGAUUUGUAUGUUUACUCAAAUAUGAUUUCUGCAGUUUUGUAAGAGAGAAGUGCAGCAGUGAAAUUAAAUUUCAGUGCAGUCUAUAAAACAUUUUCAGAUGAACUUUUUAAUCUUCAUAUGCAAAGGUGCCAUGAAAAUGUGGUCUGAAUGUUCUUGAUGCAGUGUUACUGGUAAGUCGAUUUCCACUUUAAGUUUAGUGAAUUCUAACACAACUCUUGGAUUCUAUACUAUUGGCAUGUACUGACUUUAAAUUUUUAUAACAUAAUUCAAGCUGCCUAAAUAUGUAUUAUUUGAGAAUUGUGAAACAUAGAUAUAUGUAUGCAAGUCAAAGAUCAACUUAAUCAACUAUUGCUGCAAAAGAAUUUUCGUAAUGAUUAUCUUAAAAACACCUGCUGGUACUUGGUGUGGUUGACUAGGAAAAAUGUUAUUAAAUAAAACAUUUGUAUUGAAUUUUUGCCAAUGUCUGACACACUUUACUAGAUUACUGUUACCGAAUUAUGUUGCUGGCUUUUCCAAUAUCUUCCUCACACAUUUAGAACAUUUAUUGUAAUGUUUACAAGCAAAAAAAAAAAAAAAGGUAAAUCUGUUACAAGCAUUAAUUGUUUAGCUUUAUAAGUCAAGUAUAGUACUACCUUGUCCUUAUACACUGGUAUUCUAUGUUAUAGAACAUGAAUUUGUUCACAAAUGAUUAGGUAUUUUGAGUUUUUUUAAAUAUCUAGAUUUUAAUAUCUAACUACUGUUGAUACCUUAAAAUCCAAAACGUGAUACUGUUCUCAUUUGGCUUAUUCCUCUUUCCUUCUCCUAGACUUGCUCAGUGUUAUAGUGAUAUCAAUUCAGCCAGACGCUGAAAGAGCCUUUUAAGUUUGCAAAAAAAAGCUUUUAUGCAUCCUUGGGGCUUUGCUUUUUUUCUCCAGCCAUAGCUCUUUGCACUGCAUUAGAGACCAUGCCCAAAGGCGCUCCGAGUCUGAGAGUGGCUUGUUGGGCAGUGCAGAGGACUACCGCUGAAAGGGGUGAGCUUUGAAGUUAUGCUGUAGUGUGUGGAAACUCCUUGUGAAGCCUUUUGGAUCCAAACCAGUAAUAUUAAACGUUGCACCGGAGAGGAAAUAAGCAAGUAGUGUGUGUGUGUGUGUGUGUGUAUAUAUAUAUAUGAAUAUAUAUAAAACAUUUGUUCCUAUAUCAGCCUUUUGCUUUUUAAAAAAAAGAUCCUUUAUUAAAUAUUAUAGAGCAAAUCAUAGGAAAAAUGCAGAUCUUUGUUUUUGACAUAGUUGUGAACAUUUAUGCAUUUAGCAAUAUAUAGAUACAGAACAAAAAGAUUUACAGUCCCAUUCGGUAUUAUGUAAAAUUUCCAAUAAAAUAUUUUUAUGAGUA